AUGGAUCUCUCUGGGAAACUUAUUAUCAAAGCUCAACUUGGACAUGACUUGCGACGAAUCCCAAUACAUAAUGAGGAAAUUACUUAUGAUGAACUUAUUUUAAUGAUGCAACGUGUCUUCAAACAGUAUAUAACAAAGGAAGAUGAAUUAUUGAUAAAAUAUAAAGACGAAGAUGGGGACUUUAUAACGAUUGAGGAUGAGUCUGAGCUCUCUCUCGCCAUACAAUCCAGCAAGGUGUUACAAAUUAAAAUCUUCGUUGUUAACAAACCUGAAAUAUUACAAUGUACUGCUCCAUUUAAAAACAGAAAAGACGAUGAAGCUAAAAAACUCGAAUCAGGAGAUACGUUAUCUUUAGUUUACGAACUUCAACGGCUUGGUAACCACAUCCUAAACGUUGCUGAUCGUAUGCAAAAGACGUUUUCUGCCAACAACUCUAUGGACAUAGCUCUCACUAACUGUAAUCGACCUGAGAUAGUAAACAAAAGAGGCCCAAUAUGCAACCCGGAGAGUAACAAGGAAUUCGAUCCGUUAUCUAAUGUUCGGUCUACAGAUGUUACAAUCUCUUCUCCGAAUCCACCCAUCUACUUGUCAUCAGUCAACAGUUCAGAUGACAUUUCGAAAUCAGAAUCUUGUGAAAAUUACAUGGUUUCCAAAUCAACUUUCUCAACAGCUGGGUCGUUAGAUAACGAGGGGCUAAAUUCGUCUAAAAAAUCUGCUGAUCAUGACCCUAUAGAUCUCCAAGCACCUACUACAUUUAGUCAUUCUAAUGCAGAAGCGGUCCCAUCGGCAGUGCUUAAUAGUAGUUCUACACUCUCCACUACGAUACUGCCGUCUCAGGGUCAACCGUUGACACCAAAUACUCAGAUAAUAUCAUCAUUUUAUCAACAACCUUCAGGACAUCAAAACCAUCUUCCCACCCAGUCUCAAGUACAACCCUCAAUACCUCUAUCCUCUCAAAACUCAGCACAACCUAAAGUUGAUUGCAAUGAUACUCCUAGGAUGCCUAACACAUCAACUCCGACGUUACAACAGCAUAGUACGCCAUCUUUCAGGCCUCCCGGUUUAGCUAACAUGCCACCAAAUAUGGGUCCUUACGCUCGUCAAUCUGGAACACUACCAAACACCAAUAGACCUUUGGGUAUGCUUGUAACCCCUCCAAAUCCAUCAUCUAACAUGUUUACACCUGUAAUUCCACCGUGCGAUCCUUCAGCUGGAUUAGGGACACCACAGCGUCCAAUUAUGCCGCCUCUUUCAGGCUCUCCUAGGAAUUCUACGACACAAAGUGCAAUACAGUCCACACCUAUGAUUCCACAUGGUAUGUCAUAUCCACCUAUGUAUCCCCCUCCAGCUCAAAGUAUGAAUUCUUCGACACGUCCCACGUGUCCUCCAAUUCAAAAUACUUUUGUAUCGGGUUCCUACAAUUCAAUGCAUUCUAGUGCUGCUGUUCCUGUAACAUCACUAAACAAUAUCUUAUCAAAAGCAAGCCCGGCUCCUAAUGAGACUCAUUAUUACACUCCAUCCUAUCCUAAUUAUCAAUAA